AUGUUUCAAAAGCCUGCCUUCGGUUCUACUACAGCCAAUUUCGGCUCCUUCAAUUCCGGUACAUCAACCGCGUCUCCAUUCGGGGGUUUUAAGCCCACCACGGGGACGAGCGCUUUCGGAGCACCCCCGGCCUUUGGGGCGGCUACUUCUACCCAACCUACCACAGGUGGAGGUCUUUUCGGGUCUACUAACACCACCGGCGGUCUUUUCGGCGGGUCUACUGCGUCUACUUCGACGUCGGGCUUCGGGGCGAGCACCUCGGGCUUCGGUUUCGGGGCCACGCAGCCGGCCACCGGAGGCCUAUUUGGGAAUACUUCGACAGUUGGUGGCGGUCUUUUCGGAAAUACACAUAACCAAACUGCUUUUGCGGCUAAACCUACUGGUUUCGGCUUCGGAAGUACAACCACCACUGGAGCGACCACCGGUGGACUCUUCGGUUCCACUCCGUCCACUGGCACCGGUCUCUUUGGACAGCAAACCAACACCCUCGGAGGAGGGGGACUGUUCGCUAAUAAUACUGGUGGUUUCGGUCAACAGCAGAGCACUGCGACCGGCACAGCCCAUGUCAAGUACAACCCGGUCGUUGGGACCGACGUGGUAGUAAAAUCUGGAACAUCGCAGACUGUCAACAUUAAACACCAUUGUAUUACUUGUAUGAAGGAAUAUGAGACCAAGUCGUUAGAAGAACUUCGCCUGGAAGAUUAUGUGGCUGGUCGCAAGGGGAAUACAACCGGCGUGUUCGGAGGAUUCCAACCUCAGGCUGAGAAUAAACCACUUUUUGGGGGCAGCACAUUUGGUCAGACAGCAACAACGAGCGCUCCGUCAGUGUUCGGGGGCUCCGCCCUCGGCACCACGGGGGCCUUCGGUGCUCAGAACACUUCGUUCUCCUUCGCAAAUAAUGCACAGACUACAAACACUACGGGACUGUUCGGAGCUAACAAACCUGCUUUUGGAGCCACAGUCCCUACUGGUGGAACUGGUCUAUUCGGUACGACGACGACCCAGGCCCCUACGUUCGGCACUAAUACGUCCACCUUUGGCUUCGGAACCAACACACAGAAUCAGCAACAAUCCACGGGCCUCCUGUUCGGUGCCCCCAAGCCCGCCCAGCCAGCCUUCGGCGCGACCCCGGCCACCAGCGGCUUCGGGACCUUCGGGGGCGGCGGGGUCUUCGGGGCCAAGACACAGGCUCCUACGUUCGGGACACAGGCGCCUGCUUUCGGCUCAAUGACGUCUGGUGGCUUCGGUACGAAUACGUCGACGUCUAGCGGUGGACUGUUCGGAGGUCAGAACACUGGGUUUGGAAAACCCACCACUGCACCUACGUUUGGGUUCGGAACCACACCGCAAACUGGACUUGGUACAGGUCUAGGCGGUGGUUUAGGCAGCAAUACGUUCCAGGCCAAGCCCGCCGGCACGGCCUUCGGACAGAUGACCAACACACCCUUCGCACAACCCGCCAAUAAUACCCUGUUCAAGACUGGUCUGGACACGUCUCUGGGCGGCGGGAUAUUCGGGAACAAUACGUCUCUGACCGGCGGGAUCGGGCUCGGCAUGCAGAACAAUCAGAAUAAUGUUCUCAACAACUCCCUGUCCGGGUCGUCCGCGGGCGGCAAUGUCCACGAGCAGAUACUGACGCUGGCAGCGCGACCAUACGGAGACUCGCCCCUGUUCAAAGACCUAUUGCCUGACUCUUCAACGACAGCAGAAGACGUCUUAAAACCGACGAACCCGGCUGCGGUUCAAGCCGUGCUGGACCGCACGGGGUCCGCCCAGUACCGGGUUACAUCCCCGGCCGGGCCCCGCCUGGCACUCACGCCGCGCUCCGCUCUGCACCACGAUAAGGUAUCUCCUACGCAGGUGCUGCAUGAUAAGAAAUCCCUAUUUGAUGGCCUGGAAGAAUCGGACGCUAGCUUAGAAGAUAAACUCAGUUUGAAGCCAAGCCGCAAACGUCUGGUACUACGACCGAACCAGAGAGCAAAUGAGAGUCAUCAGGACAGCAUCGAUCAUAGCAACAAUGAUAAUGCCAGGUCAAUGGAGGAGCUUCGUGCCAACGGCGCCCCCCACGACGUUGGCUCCGACCAACAAAACAUAGAUGAAGUGGACCGCAGACAGGAGGAAUAUGUCUCUUUGAAGGACGCUGGGAGACAAGUCGAUGUAAGCGUUGGUUCCGACAAACAUGGCAGUUGGCUUAGUGGAUCAAAGAUGUGGAAUGAUAAGGAGCGUCCUAUUGACGGAGAACCUACACCUAGGCUGUAUCCUAAUAUUGACAAAGACAUCCAAGCGCAAGUAACAGAGCGACGCGCAAGUUGGUUGACAACCAAACCGCUGCGCAAACCGCUGUCCAACAACCCGGAGUCCGCCGAACAUUCCGUCAGGGAGCUGGGGGUGAGGGGGGACUCCUCGCAUGACAAGGAGAACGUCGAUACUCUGUCCGUAUCCGAAGAAGAGAAUGUAUCGCCGCGUGAAGCGCCGCCUCACCCGACCGGGGUCAAGCUGACCCGGCCCGGGUACUAUACCAUACCGUCGCUGGACGAGAUGAUCGCGUACAUGCGUCCCGACGGUUCGUGCGUUGUACCCCACCUAACGAUCGGUCGCAAGAACUACGGCAACGUGUACUACGACACUGAAAUCAAUGUCGCUGGCAUGGACCUCGAUAGCUUGGUACACUUCUUGAACAAGGAAGUAAUAAUUUACCCCGAUGAGUCGGAGAAGCCGCCAUUAGGGGAAGGCCUUAACCGACGCGCCAUUGUUACACUGGACCGCGUCUGGCCGAGGGACAAGAGUGAGAAGAGAGCUAUCACUGAUCCGGAGAGGUUAGCGAAAAUGGAAUACGAAUGGAAACUACGUCGCGUAUGUGACAAGCACAAUACGAAGUUCAUAGAAUACCGACCUAGCUCCGGUAGCUGGGUGUUCCGUGUCGAACAUUUUAGUAAAUACGGUCUAACUGACUCCGAUGAAGAUGAUGAUGUACCGGAGCUGAUGAAGAGGCAGCUGGUCACUCAGGUGAUGCAGAAGACUGCUGCGCCGGCCCCCAAGCAGCCCGUCGCGACCCCAUCGGUUGGACUGGGGGGUCUCGGAGCCCCUCCACUGAUCCCCGAAGACAAUCUAUUCGCAAUACAACAAACUUCACUGAACCUACUCAAUGGCGCCGGGAAAGCAUUUGAAAUGGAUACGACGGAAGAUAACGCCGAGUCGCAGAGCUUGUACUUAGAUAACAAAGCGUUCGGUGUAAAGAGCCCUACAAGUGAACUGGCGCGGCUGGAACAUCGACAGAGUCACAACGUGCAGUUGAUGAAGGCGUCUUUGUAUGCUGAUACAGAAAUGGAAGACGACGCGUCAGUAUCGACCGGCGAUCAACUAGUUCCUGUAUCGGCGCCGCUACUGUCGGUGGCGACACUGGCGCCUUCUGCGGUGAGGGCGGAACUGCCGGCAGCCGAGACUGAAAUGGCUAUUGUUGAUGAAGUUCCAAUGAAGCCGCUAAUAGUCCAGCCACAUACAGUAGUGCUGAAGUACCAUAGGAAAGUGCCGCCGUUCCGACAGACCAUCGCAGGUCGUCUAGACGCGGCGUAUAUAUCGGACAUGUCAGUAUGUCGCGCGCGCCACUCUCGCGUCGGGUUCGGUGUCGCUGGCACUAUCACAUUCGCUACUUCAUACGAUGCUGUUAAUGACCUGCCAAAAUCGGCUGAGCUCUCAGAGCUGGGUAGAUACGUGCGCGGGCGGGCCAACAACGACUGGUCGGAGCCAGUACUCGUCCGGAUGGCUAUUGGACAACCCGAUAAGGAUGAUGGGAUGAUAGAUGUCCUAAAGAAGCAUUUAGAAACCCUGCUAGAUCACUCGACUCUGUCCGAGGUGGAUGCGACUCAGUGUCCACAGCUGCGAUUGUCGCAGUCUCCCCGCGACAGACGCGUCGUACUGUCGCAGUACCUCAAGGACUCCGCCAAAGUAACGUCGCGGUAUAAGUUUGGCGUGUCGGGCGCGUACUGUAAUGAAGUGUGGAGAUUGUGUGACGCGCUGUGGGGAGCUGAUCUUGACAAUGAUGGUGUACCCGGCACGGAUCCCCUAUCAAUAGUGAAUAGACAUAGACAAUUCCUGGACUGGUUGAAGACGGCAGUAGCUGAGGCAACUGAUGAAGACCUGGCUAAACCCACCGCUGGAGAAAAGGAGGAUGAGUCGGACGGGCACAGCGUCCGUAUCUGGACGCUACUACUGGGCGGGCGGAUACUGGAGGCGUGUAAGGUGGCCAGGGAACAUGGAGACCUCAAUAUGGCCAUACUAUUGUCGCAAGCUGCUGGCGAUCCUUCCUUCCGUUCACUGAUCAGUCGUCAACUGUCCCAGUGGCGGGAGUGUGGCACGGACUCGCUGAUAUCGUCGCACCGCUGGGCGACGCUACUGCUGGUCGCUGGGCUCUCUACUCCGAGGGAUAAACUCACUGAAAUGGAUUGGCUCAGAGCGCUGCAUUGUACUGCUAGAUACCUCUGCCCUCACGUGCCCACUCUUGAACAAGUCCUCCGGAAAUACGAAGGUUUCUUCGCUCAGUCCUCUGAGGAUAUGGACCAGGACCUCUCCCUGCUACAGUCGGAGGAGAUGGGCAUGCAACUGCCGUUACCACCAUACGUUAAACAGUAUGAUGUUACCGUUGUUCAAAAUGGCAAACAGCGUCGUGUCCUGGACGUGCGCUACGAGUUGAUCCGCGCGCGCGCAUACAACGCGCGGCCCAAGCUGCGCCCCGCGGCAUACACCGCCGACCCCAUGGACUACAGCUUGUGUUUCCUACUGGGCACAUGGUUCGGUAACCCCGACGUCGCGAGUAUCACCGGCAUAGCUGAACAACUAGAAGCGGCCGGACUUUGGCAUCUAUCUGUGUUAGCACUGGCCUACCAUCCCGAUCAGACUGCUCGCAACCACCUAAUACGCGGCGUACUAUCACGGCACGCGCCCGCCAAAGCGGAGUCAGCAGAUAUGAAGGCCCGCCUAGAUCUGAUCAGGAGACUGAAGGUGCCGGAGCAAUGGCUGUUACUGGCGCAGGCGCAUCGGGCCAAAUAUGAGCGUCUCCCCGCCGUAGAGGCGGAGCACCUAGUGGGAGCCGGACAUUGGAACGCGGCGCAUAAAGUAUUAAUUGAAGAAUUACUACCCGACGCUGUGCUAGCAGACGACCUUCAAAGCAUAGCCCCGUUACUAGAACGUAUGUCAGAGGCGGCGCAACGACAUGAGGUGGCCGGCUGGGAGACUGGGGGACAGGCCAUACAUCAUUAUCUCCAUGUCUGCGACGAGAUCCGCGGGCUGGUAUCGUCCGCGGAGUCCCGCGCGGACCGGUCGGGAGUGUCGGCGCGCCUGGAGGCACUGCGGCCGCAGGUCGCCGCCGCCUGCAGGGCGCUGGGGGCGCUGCACGCUACGAGCGCCGGCGUCCGCUUCGCCCGCGCGGAGAUGGGCGCCCGCCUCGUGCAGUGCACGCUGGUGGCCGGCGAGCCGCCCGCGCACCUCGCCGCGCUGCUGCGCGCGCUACGCCUGCCGCCCGACACCACGCACGCCGCCGUACAUAAGAUAACUUCAAUGAUAGCAUCGAGGGCAGCAGAAUCGUGCGGCAACUCCACUAGUCCGCCGUCUGCACACCCCGUGGCGAGCUAA